AUGCGUGGUCCCAGGUGGAAGACUUCCCAAGAUGAUGCCUUGGAUUCGGCAGCACGCAGCCACGAGGAUUACGGCGCAAAGACGCCGCUGAUGGAGUUGCGACACGAAGCCUUCAUGCGAGACUUUCGGGGCCUCUUUCGCUACCCUGGUGGUGCCAGCUCCGUGACAUGGAACAAGCGUCCGCCGCCUCCGGUUCGGCGCAUUGCGGAGCCAGAGCCAGAACGUCCAGAGCAGCUGACCAUCCUUUGA